UUCCCCCCUCAACUCCCCCCAUUCUCCCGUCCUCUUCACCUCUCUCUUUUUCCUUUUCUCUCUCCCUUUUCUCUCUCCUCCAUACUCUUUCCAAUCCUCUACACAAUGCUGAGCUUUUAGACCUUCAUUAUUUCCUUAUUUAUCACCAUUAAUUUCAAGAUAAUCAGCUUCUGUAACGGAUAUUAGGCGGGAAUUUAGCUUUGGUGAGUAAUUAUGGGAAGCAGUGACGAUGUGAAGUCUCCUAAGUCAGAAAAAACAUCUCCACCUGCAACUGAGCACAAUGGCGUUCAUAUGUAUCCUGAUUGGGCGGCCAUGCAGGCAUAUUAUGGCCCCAGAGUUGCUUUGCCACCAUAUUUCAACUCAGCUGUUGCACCUGGACACCCACCUCCCCCUUAUAUGUGGGGACCUCCUCAGCCUAUGGUACCGCCAUAUGGGGCACCUUAUGCUGCAAUUUACGCACCAGGAGGAGUUUAUGCGCACCCUGCAAUCCCUCUUGCUUCUCAGGCACAUGGUCAAGAGGUCGCACCCCCUGCUGUGAGUGAACCAUUGGUCGCUACUCCUUUGAGCAUGGACACACCUGCUAAAUCACCUAAAAAUGCCGACAAAGGUUUCAUAAAAAAGUUGAAGGGGUUUAAUGGCCUUGCAAUGUCAAUUGGGAAUGGCAAUACCGAGAAGACUGAGGGUGAUGUUGAGAAUAGGCUGUCACAAAGUGCUGAAAGUGAGGGUUCCAGUAAUGGAAGUGAUGGAAAUUACACUGAAGAUGCCGAUGAUAAUAAAAGGAAGAGAAGUCGUGAAGGAACCCCGAUUAGUGUUGAAGCUGAAAAAACCGAGAUCAAGGCUGUUCUUCCUCCUCCUGCUGAUAAGGUGUUGGGAAUUCCCGUCACAUCUGCAAAUGCAGUGGCAGGUCAAGUAAUGGGAACUGUUGUUUCACCUGGUGUGGCCACCACAUUGGAGCUGAGGAACCCAGGUGUCACUGUGAAAGGGAAUUCAUCUCCUGUAUCUUCUCCUAAUGGAGUUGUAUCUUCUGAAGCCUGGUUACAGACACAGCCUGUUCAGACACAAAAUGAGAGGGAGUUGAAGCGGGAGAGGAGAAAACAAUCUAAUCGUGAAUCUGCGAGAAGGUCGAGGUUGAGGAAACAGGCUGAGACUGAGGAACUCGCCAGAAGAGUUGAAUCCCUAAGUGCUGAAAACAUGGCGCUAAAGUCAGAAGUCAAUCUGUUGGUGGAGAACUCGCAAAAACUCCGUCUUGAAAAUGCUGCAUUAACGGGGAAAUUGAAAAAUUUGCAGUCUGGACAAGGAGAUGAGAAUGGCUUGGCUAAUGUUGAUACCAAACGUAAUCCGAGUGACAGCACCGAAAACUUAUUAUCAAGGGUCAACAAUUCGAGUUCUGUUGGUAGAAACUCAGAUGAAGGUGCUGAAAUGUUUGGGAAAAGCGCAAAGUCGGGUGCCAAGUUCCAUCAGUUACUGGACAACCGAAGGGGUGAUGCUGUGGCAGCUCGCUGAGUGAGGUGCGGACGUACAAACCUGGGAAGUCAUAAAGAAACAGGAUGAUCAUGUAAUUUUGGCAUUAAUUAAACGUCCAAAAUUACUGCUAACUGUCACAAAUUGGGAAAUUAGGCAGAUAGAUAUAAUAUCAAAUAUCCAUAAAGAAAAAUGUAAUUGUUAGCUAAAGGUUUAAUCAAUGGCAGAACUGAUGUGUUUUAAAAUAGAAUUCAGGGUGCCCAGAUUUGACCACUUAAGAAAUUGUAUAUUGAUGAGUUUUAGAUAUUUAGAAGAGGAAAGUCUUUGGGUUUCCAGUCAAGUGGACUGGACACUAUCACACUACCUUUGUUUGUUCCAUGUAAUAACUAGAGUGGUGUGUAUUGACAUUAUCCUAAGUUUUAAUCAUAUACUUACCAUAGGUUGUUUGGUUGA